UCUUGGUUUCACGCGGAUUGUGUAGUUGCACCAGAAAUAUGCAAGUAGCCUACAGCCGUCGCACCCAAACAAAGCCACCUCAAGUUUGCAGCUGUUGCUUUUGAAUCGUCGAUAUAGCGAGUUUGAGGAGACAUGGCGGAGGAGAUGGCGUCAGCAGUGAAAGUGAACGAUACUUUGCUUUCUGUUACUGGAACAGAGCAGCACAAACUGCCAGUGAUUAAGAAAGGGUUGUCAACACCAACAUUCAAAAUACCAGCACUGCUGCCUCAAGUAUUCAAGCGCCCCCUCCCGGUACUGAUACCACCCACAAUGGACGCUCCUGGGGGCUACUAUCACUGUGACAAAUGCCAACAGAACUUCUUUACCUUCCCUCAACUUGUGAGACACAAGCAGUUUCAUGAUGAAGAGAGGCCUUUUCCCUGUGGUGUGUGUGGUAAACGCUUCUUGAGCCGCAGCCACUACAACGAGCACCAGCGUGUCCACACAGGUGAGCGCCCUUACCCUUGUGACCAGUGCGAGCGCUCCUUUACCACACACCACAACCUAAAGCGCCAUCAGUCUAUCCAUUGUAAAGAAGAGAUGUACCGCUGCAAGACAUGCGGUGUGCUGUUCUGCCAGAAGCAUGUGCUCCCAUUCGUGGAAGGCCCAACUCUACUUCCUCCUGACUUGGAGCAUGACUCCGACUCUGACCCAGAGCCUAUUCCUUCACAGGAGACUGAAACUCAGACUGUGGUUUUGGCUUUAAACCAAACACCUGCCAUGCCUAAUCACAUAGCUCCUAAGUCUGAUGUCCUGCGUCAGUAUAGGCUUCAGGACAAACUGCAACAGCAACUUGAACAAAAACUCAGUCAAAUGCCUAGGUUGACUAAUCAGAGUUCAUUCAACUCAAACCGCUUUUCGCCAGUAAAUUUCAAUGUGUCCAAGAAGAAGAAGAAGAAGAAGAAAGAAAAGAAAGAGAUGAAAAGGCAUCUUUCUGUUCCUAUGACUUCAGCCUUGGGGCAGGAAGAGGAGUUAUGGUCUGUGCACAAGAAACCACCCAAAAUGCAUCGAAUAGCUUAUGACAUAGAGGUUGUGCUGUGAUGACACAUUUUGUUGAAUUAAUGAUCGUUAUUAUCGUCAAAGUUAUAGAUUAUAAUACUGUAUCUUCACACAUACUUUGUCAAUGCAUCCACAGAUGUAUGUAAUAUUGUAUUGUAUCAUGCAAAUGUGUUUUCAUGCAAAAAUGUUUGCAUGAGUUAUUUUGAUAACAUUUUAAUGGAAGUCUACUAGAGACCAUGAUAUGAAAACAUUCUGAGCUGCACUUUAGUGUUCCAUUUUUCGAAUUCCAUAUUUUUUCUUUUAUGUGGCGUCUCUUCUUCUCUUUUUUGGGGGCAUUGGAAGUUGAGGGCUACUCAUUGUUUAAAAUAACUUGUCUUCUGUUCUUCAUCACAACAUAGGCAGUUUCAUUUAGGCUGUCAUUGAAACAUUCCUAGUGCCUGUAUCCAUUGUAUACAAUGAAUGUAACCAUGAUAACCUUGUAAAUGUUGCCAAUCUGUAAAGCAUCAUGUAAAUAUGCUUUAUAGAUGCCUAUUUGUACAGCCACAUGGUAAUGCAGUGGGCUAGUAGACUACUGACCUUGACACCUCUACCUGAUGUGUGUGCCUGUUCACCACCUCCAAGGAUUACAAUCUUGUUGUUUUGUAAUACAUGUUAAAGGAGGAAACCAAAUAAUUCACUCAGUAACACAUGAUGUUGAUGAUGAAACUGAAUUACCCACUGCCCCAGACAAUAGAUUGCAUCAGUAUAUCAUAUUUCAGUGGCUUUAACUCCAUGUUCACACAAGUCAAUUACUGUCAAGCAAUUGUAGUAGGAGACUCCUCUAUGUAAAUGUAAUUAUGGUUUGUUGAAUAAUUACUUGAUUAAAGAUUUUCCUUAUGUCCUUGAUGUUACACCGUAUAUAAUAGAAGAGACAUGCAACUUCGUUCAAAGAUUCAAAUUGGACAGUUACAUUUCAAAACAAAUAAAAA